AUGUUUGAGCUCCGAGAUGCAGCUUCCACCGCCCAGCAGACAGAUAUGAAGGUGGUAGUCGAUGAUAUAAGCUCAAGUUCGCGUCUGCCGAUGUCCAACGGAGAAAUCAAAACACUGAUAUACUGUAGUGACGUCGAAAAUGAAACAAGAAAUGAACGAUUCGGUAAUUCAAAUUGCUUCCGGUGUCUCAAUUCUUCAUCGAAAGAUCGAGGGAGUGGAUACAAGGCUACAGGGUGCGGACGAAUUAAGCUCAAGUGCUAUUACUGUACUAAGUUGAAGCUAGAAUGGCGAAAUUACCAAGCUAUUCGUGACGCAAACCUACUGAUAGAGUCGAAUUUCGCAGAUAUCCUCCCGAGCGAGGAAGAGAUUCUUUCAGUCCAGAAGCGGAGCUCUAGACUUUCAGCCAAAGACCACUGGGAGAACAACGGCAUCUUGGACAACCUGCGGGUCUGGUCAGACCUUAAAGCACCGUCGCUUCUUUGGAUUGGAGGCCAGAGUGGAAAUCAGGAUCCUUGGAUCACAGCAUUCUCAGCAGAUUUAACGGAUGCUUUGGGCUCGCAGGAGAUUGAUGGUUUGCAGAUACCGGUCUUUCUGCAAUACGACCAAGUUUGGCGAAAAGGCCCCACUGAUGUUCUACAUAUCAUGAUCAAACGGUUUGUGGAGAAGCGGCCAACGCUUCUUAUGGAAUUGCCUCACCUGCUCAAUUCAAGAACGCUCCGCAGGACUGGAUCGUUCUCCAAUGCAGUCAGGAUGAUCAGAGGUAUUGCUGAAUGGUUAGAAGCAACAUUCAUUAUCAUCGAUCGUUUUGAUCUUGCGGAAACGGAUGAGGACGACGUGUCUGUAAACAACGAUCUGUUGUCAUACCUAUUGGACUUGGUAGAGCUGGGUUCCGACAAAAUCAGGAUCGUGGUCACUAGCACCCAAAUGCCGCCUUCUAAAUGGCAGGAUGAUACGCGACUGACCUCGGUAUGGCUCGAUACGGGAAUAAGGCCAGGCAAGAGGGAUCGUCGAUGA